AUGCGCGUCUUUCUACUUUUCUCUCUCGUUUCGUCGAUUUAUUGUGGAACAAGUUAGUUUAAUUUUCAAAAGUUUUUUGAAUUAUUUUUUUUUCGAUUUCGAAAUUCCACAUUUUUCAGCUUGGUCAACCCAAACAUCAACAGGACUCGGAACAUUCGGAUCUUAUGGUUCAACUGAUACAGGAGUUGUCAAUACAUAUGGACCAGGAAUAGGUGGAGUAGGAGUUGGUUAUCCACCAGGAGGUGGCAGAUUUGGUGGUGGUCCACGAUUUGGUGGACCAAGAUUCGGCAGAUACGGUGGACCAGGAGCAUAUGGAGGACCAGGUUAUGGUGGCCCCCCACCACCUCCGCCAUUCGGAGGGCCAGGUUAUGGUGGUCCCCCGCCACCUCCACCAUUUGGAGGCCCAGGGCCAUUUGGUGGACGAUUCAGAGGACCAUACUAA